AUAUUAGAUGACAUUUUUGCAAGGAUAAAAUAAGUUCAUUCUCAGAGAGAGGGAGAGAGAGAUGUCAGGGGGUAGUUGUACUGAAGGCAAGGAACACGAAAAAGAUGGAGAGAAUCUGGCUGCUUGGCUUCUUGGCAUCAAAACCCUUAAAAUUCAACCAUAUCAUCUGCCUUCUCUUGGCCCCCAUGAUGUCAAAGUUCGGGUAAAAGCUCUUGGAAUAUGUGGAAGUGAUAUUCACCACUUCAAGACAAUGAGAUGUGCAAAUUUUAUCGUCAAAAAGCCGAUGGUUAUAGGGCAUGAGUGUGCUGGAAUCAUAGAGGAAGUUGGAAGCCAAGUGAAGUCUCUAGCAGUAGGUGACCGUGUAGCAUUAGAGCCUGGAAUCAGUUGCCGGCAAUGCAAUCUCUGCAAAGAUGGUCGCUACAAUCUUUGCCCAGAGAUGAAAUUUUUUGGUUCUCCUCCUACUAAUGGCUCUCUUGCUAAUAAGGUGGUGCAUCCAGCAAAUUUGUGUUUUAAACUGCCUGACAAUGUGAGCUUGGAAGAAGGAGCAAUGUGUGAACCCCUCAGUGUUGGUGUCCAUGCUUGUCGUCGUGCAAAUGUCGGUCCUGAGACUAAUGUAUUGAUCAUGGGAGCAGGACCAAUAGGCCUUGUUACACUAUUAGCUGCUCGUGCUUUUGGAGCACCAAGAAUUGUCAUUGUUGAUGUUGAUGAAUGCCGUUUAUCUAUUGCAAAGAAUCUUGGUGCAGAUGAGACUAUUCAAGUUUCAACAAACAUCCAGGAUGUCAGUGAAGAAGUAGUAAAGAUACAAAAUGCCAUGGGAUCUGGCAUUGAUGUCAGCUUUGACUGUGUCGGCUUUGACAAAACCACGUCGACGGCGUUGAACGCCACUCGUUCCGGUGGCAAAGUUUGUCUUAUUGGAUUAGCUAAGAGUGAGAUGACUGCCCCUCUUACCCCGGCAGCAGCCAGGGAGGUCGAUGUGAUUGGCAUAUUUCGAUAUCGGAAUACAUGGCCGCUCUGCAUUGAGUUUCUGAAGACCGGAAAGAUCGACGUUAAGCCGCUGAUAACUCACAGGUUUGGCUUCUCACAGCAGGAGGUAGAAGAUGCCUUUGAAACCAGUGCUCGUGGAGGUAGUGCCAUUAAAGUCAUGUUUAAUCUGUAAGAAAGUUCUCACGAUGCAUGUGAGAUGAAUGUGAGCUAAGAACUAUAACAUAUGGAUAGCCUACUACAAAUAAAUUGCUUAUAACCAAUAACUUGAUGCA